AUGAGUAGGAAUUUAGCAACUUUGAUGAGCCAAUGCAACUCGAGAAGUGAACUAUGUGCUGCUCUUGAACCCAACCCAAGAAGAAUCCAUUUCAAUUCUACGGGGACAGAUGUAACAGAAGUACUCGAGAUGAUACUUUCCCUGUCCAGAAAUUCGAUCGAGCAGCAUCAGCAGCCCAUAGCGAUUAUCCAGAGUAAUGGCGGGACGUUGAGUUUCCCAGAUGUGGGUAUGAGCACUUCGGCGGCUAAGAAGAUCGCUGUUCUUUUCAGCUUAAUGCGAACUAUCCAGGUUACUGUGUCCACUGGGCAGAUAAGAACAAUACGCGAUGUUUACUACACAAACGUUGAGCUUUAUGGUGACCAGAGAAAGGUAGAAACAGGGCUCUGUUCUAUUGCAAAGAACCUUCACCUGAGUUCAAGAGACUCUCUCAACAUUUUACCAGCACAAAAAGGUCUUUGUUACAGCCCGUUCGAUAUCGUAGUGCAGACAAACGGUCAAGAGAAUCUCAUACCAGCCAAAACAUCUUCAAUGAUCCCAUAUCUGGCGCAGAAUUCAACAGCACGGAUUGUUAUGCGUGGGGAUGCUAAUUUGAAGUUGAUAGUUUUAGAAAAAGAAGCAGUUUACAAUAAGCUUGUUGGGGCCAAUACGGCAGAAGAUACGAUAUUCAUCACUGGCAAGGGAUAUCCCGAUUUUUUGACUCGUCUAUUUCUCAACCGGCUGCAACAGAAUAUUUGUAUACUGGACUGGAGAAUCUACACAGAUGCCGAUCCUCAUGGUAUCGAUAUUGCCUUAAAAUACAUGCAAAACGAUGACCAUGAGCACUACAUGUGCCAAAAAUUGGUCUACAAAGGAGCCCUAUUAACCCAAUUACUAAGGAGGAAAGAAGCGCAAUUCCUACAGAUGAGCCAGAGAGAUCUAUCAUUGGCAAUCGGACUGACCAACCGGCUCGCAAGCAAUUCCUCAACUAAGUUACUCAGAGUACAGUUACAAAGGCAAUUGUUUUUUCAGAAGAAGGCAGAGAUGAACUCACUGUUAACAAGCCAGUAUCUUUGA